CGCCAUCUCUAUGGCGGGCGGAAGCGGAAGUGGAGUGGCCGGGGCGGCCCAGCCCAGCCCGCGCGGCGGCGGCGAGUGGCGCGGCAGCGCGGGCGGGGCGGGGGCAGGUUGUCCUCAUGAGUACCCCUGCGGAGGAUGUCCAUGAUCUUCUUUGCCUGUGUGGUGCGGGUGAGGGACGGACUCCCACUCUCAGCCUCAACGGAUUUUCAUCUCAGCCAAGACUUUCUAGAAUGCAGGAAGAGAUUAAAAGCAUUAUCCUUAAUUCUGACACGGUAUCCUAGUCGAGGUACAGCAAGAGGACGUGAUCUCAGCAUACAUUUUCUCUCUUCUGGGGAAAUCGCCUCCAUGGUGAUCUGUUCCAGCAGUUACUCGACCAUCAUGGCAUUUUGCUUCCUGGAGGAGCUCCAGUGGGAAUUUGCUGCUGCCUAUGACACUACAAGCAUAGGUUUGGCUUCCAGACCAUAUGCGUUUCUCGAAUUUGACAAUAUUAUUCAAAACGUGAAAUGUCACUUUAACUACACGGGCUGCUCUCAAAUGAAGAUCAGUCUGGAGAAAAUUCAGGAAGAGCUGAAGUUCAGGCCUCCUGUGCUCCUGAAACUGGAGGAUAUGGAGCUGAUGAAUGGGUUGACUAAUGGUGGGCACACCGAACUCUACAUGGGGUCUGUUCCUACUUACAGAAUGCAACCGGUGACUGCCAUAGGAAUACUGUCUCUCGUUCUCAACAUAAUGUGCGGGGCUUUGAAUCUCAUUCGAGGAGUUCACCUAGCAGAAUAUUCUUUUCAGGAAGACCAUGAGGGAAUCGGGAACGUAAUAGCAUUUUUUCUACCUUUUCUAGCCUGCAUCUUCCAGUGUUACUUGUACCUGUUCUACAGUUCAGCAAGGAAGAUGAAGGUGUUUGUACUGUUUUUCUCCAUUUGCCUAUGCAAUAUGUACUUGUAUGGAUUAAGGAACGUCUGGCAAAUACUCUUCCACAUAGGAGUGGCCUCUCUUUCUUCAUAUCAGAUCCUGACAAGGCAACUGGUGGAGAAACAGCCUGAUCCUGGAGUAUGAAAACAAACCGGGGAUUUGUUACUUGCUUUUUAAGAACUCUUUUUGUAUUUACUCGCACUGGCCAAAACCAACUUGGACUUUCUUAAAGAUCUGCAACAAUGGUUGUCCCAAGGGAUUUUGAAACAGCUUGGAAAAAUAUGUGGAGGGAUUUAAUUAUUUUUCAUAACCAUAUAUUGUAAUUGUACAUUGUAGGUCAGGGAUGCCAAUCUCAUCUGGUCUCCCGGCUGGAUGAGGGAUGCGGGGCUGGUCUGCAGGAUGGCUCAGACCCAUGGACCGGCCCGGCCCGUCUGCUGAAGCCAGCAUCCAGGGCUUAUCCAGCAGGGCUAGCUCAUCCAGCACAUGUCCUGAGCCAGCCCUGCGUGUUGCAUGCGGUGUGUGCUGGUACUUAUGUACGGAGCUGGCAUGGGGCUCAUUGCAUGAGCUGCCCGUGCUGGACCUACCCUGUGUACUGGCUCUGGUUGUAAGUGGUUAUUAGUUCUUAGUGCCAUGAGGGAUCUUUAUUACUCGGUCUUUGUUGUGUUCCUUAACCAACAUCAUCUAGUCCUCCCCCCCCCAUUCAUCUCAUUUGCUUUGUAACCAUUUAGUAUUUUAAUGUGCAAACGCAGCAAUUUGCCUCUGGACGAUUAAAGAUGGAUGUUAAAGUCAUGACGGACUAAAUGGUGGGUAAUAAUGGUUGUAGAGCUCUUCAUAUGUAAAGCUCAAGGCGCUUAACAAAAAUGAGCUGAGAAAGAGUUAGGUUAGUCGGUAAUUGUUUUGGGGGGAAAAUGACUUCUAGUGAAUAACUGUCUUAAAAGUGAGCUAGAACGGUUGGGCUCAGAAAGGAAGAAAAACACCUUGGCCCUUACUCAAGAUCAGAACGGGCAAUGUCCUGUGGUUAAGCUGGAUGUCUUGAGGUUUAGUAGGUGUGCACUCAUUGGGCAAUUACAGAUCAGCUUGAAGCUGUAUAAAAUGAUCCAAGCAGAUGUAAUCAAACUUUCGGCCUGAGUAGCCUUUUUUUAUUUUCCUGGUGGAGGUCAUGGUGGCGGAUAGGGCAGUUGUACGUCUGUCUGGUCUACAGAGACAAAAGCUUAUUUGGGACAAUCUGAUGGCUGCUUCGCCUAUUAAAAGUAUAUGGUUUGUGACCUAGAAAGCAGUUCCCCAUAAUGGAGAGCAAGAGCAGGUUCUCUAUUUUACAGACCUUUGGCUACUAGUACUGCAGCUCUCAUGCUUAGGCAAAUUUAUGAGCAUGCACUUUUGAAUAUAGUCAUUAAAAGCUGACUUUCUCAACCCCUGCUGCACUGAAUAUGCAUAUAUUUAAUGUGUUGAAGUAUAUAGUAACAUUUAAAACUUCUCUUAAACCUUUUUAAAUAUUUUAUUCCGUCUGUUUAAAGAAUAUAUAACACUUUUGGUGCAGCUAUCCUUGGAGAGUUAGGGAAGAAUCACCAUAUUGGGACAUUUUAAAGGAAACACCAGGUGUAAUAUUUUGGAGGUACUUUAUUAGAUCUUUUUUGUUUGUUUGUUUUAUGGUGGGGCCCUCUAUUUUAUAGAAUGAAAAAAUUACCAAGAAUUUUGUCUUUAAUUUACAAAGUCUCUAUUUCUAGUGGUUGCAGAAAAACAAAAUUGUUGGGGAGCUGUCGUUUUGAAUUUGUUGGCAGUCUGAAAUAAGCUCCCCGAUGAAUUAAUUUUCCCCUUCAUCUCGGUGGGUCUAUUUUAAAGCCUUAAUAUGUAAAAGCCCAUGUCAACUUUCAUCAGAAUUAACUUUCUGCUCUAGUAGCCAGUGGAACAUGCAGCUACUAUUCAAAUCGCACCUGAAAUGCAAAAAGCAGGAAAAAUCUUCUGCUUCCUUCUGACAACCUCUGUGGCACAACUAUGUGGUAGAAUGAGGCAGUUAUGGCUCAAGUGUCUGAAUAUUGCACUGACGUCUGCUUUUCCCCCUCAACGUGUGAUUCAUGCACUCUUCUCUGUUGUCCUGGGGGGGCAGGGGUCACAGCCUGGCCUGGCUCACCAUGCCACCAAACUUCCGGUGCCACCAAACUUUGUGACUUGCGAGGAUCCCCGUGGGCCAGAUGUGAUGGCUCCGCAGGCCGCAUUUGGCUCGUGGAUCAGAGGUUGCGCACCCAUGGGUUAGACUAGAGUGAACCUAGGUUAUUACUGACUUUAUAUGAGGAAAUUUGCAGGUAAAAUGAGUGGGGGGAAUGGAGAAAACUCAUUGCGUUUGAAUAGGUCCAGAGCCCCAAAGACAAUCAUGUUGUUCUGGUUGGUGGUGGUUGGUUAUUUUUGCGCCAGCAGGGUUUUGCAGGAUUUUUCUAAAUUCUCCUUCUAGACGUGCAUUGGACCUUUUGGCACCCUUAAUCAGGUAACAGCCCACUCUUUUUCAAUGCGGAAGGGCAUACCUACAGGAAAAGGGCUAGGAGCUUCAUUUGUAAAUGGGAAAAUAGUUAUUAAAAAGAAAUCGUAACAGGAUUCCCUCCCCCCCCCCCCCCCCCAUUUCCCCCAUCUUCCAUGGACCAUGAUUCGGGUGGGGAUUUACUUUUCUCUAAAAGAUGUGUCAAGUACAGGUUUUUUGCCUGGACUUGGGCACCUGGAGCUCUUACAGUUAGGGCCAGUGCCUAGGGAUACACUAUGAAGCAAUCGGAGCAGGCUGCUGGGGUAGGUUGUGUAAUGUCUGAAUUGGAAUUGGCAAAGCCUGGAUUCCACAAUCAUCUGCUGCAGGGGCUUAAAGCGUGUUGUUGGGUUGCUGUAGGGGGUUCCCCUCACCUGAGAUCCUUUAGGAAAAGAAAAAAAAAAGCUCAUUAGUACAAAAUUCUGCCUUCCCUAAUGUAAUUGUCAUGAGGUUAGAUGCAAGGUGAGACUGGUAUAGUGAUUGAACAGUGUUCUGGUUGGGAUUACCAAUCUUAAUUGCUUUGUCCUUGCUCUUUUUAAGGGGGAUUUUUGUUCUAUAACAUGGGUAAGUCUGGCUGCAAAACCCAUGUGAGGCCAAGUGCACUGAAUACACGUGUUCACUUCUAAGCGUUUUUACCUGCUUGGAUUUUGAUUCAGAGAUUAAGGAGUGAUCUAGUUCAACACUGCCCACCCGAAUUCUUUUUUUCUUCUUUCUGUAAGAUGUAUAGCUUUUGUACUUCCUUUCAGGAAGGCGGGGAAAAAAUGUCGUUCACCCUGAUUUGAGGCCUUCAAGACUUAAUAAAAGGAACGUCUUGCCAUUUGAGUCCCCGUAGUCUGAGUCAGUGUGUCGGAUUAUGUGCACCUCAAAUGAGAUCUUUAAAAGGGAAUUGGUGUCUUUCUCAGGACCUUUAACUGUUUAAAACAGCUCAACUCUCUCUCCGCUUAACUCUGUCAAUUUUGAGAUUAAGUCCUUGGAAAAUCCAUUGUUCGUCUUGGAGUGCAGCGCAAGAAAAUUGCUAAGAACAAACAUCGUUGGUUACCCAUUUUAUGAAACCGUUAAAAUUGGCAUUUUACCUCCUCUCUCUGUUAUAUUGGUUUAACCCAAAGAUCUGUUUAAAACUUCCUGAAAGGCUGUCUGGUAUCUUUUUAAAAAAAAAAUUGCACUGUAAUAACAAUUGAACUGGUGUAAAUGUAUGUAAAGUCAUUUUUUUUGCAUGUGUAAAUAUGUAUAUAGUUAUCUAAUAUGGUUAGUGAAACAAUAAAUGGCUUUUUUUUUAUAA